AUUACAUCGCGAGGUAUUCAUGCCCUCGCUGAAUGCAAGAAUUUACGAAAACUGACAAUGAUGGACAAGAAUGACAUGCACCCCGAAGAUCUCUCCACAAUCGAUAAGCAUAGUUUGCGUAGAUUGUUUUUCUCCUGUCAAUGCUUAGAAGAAGUCAAUUUGGGAAAUUCCGAUAUGAUUUUCAAUUACGAUGUCUAUGAAGAACUGACAAUGUGUAAAAACUUAAGACAAAUAUACUUGGGUUAUACGUCUAAUUUCGCAAUUCUCGAACAGUUUCCUAAACUGCAAACAAUCUAUGUUAUGCGCGCCGGGAACGCGUUCGACGACACACGUGAUAGUCAGACAUCAUUCGUUGCUCAGGCGAAGGAAAAAUAUCCACACGUGUCUGUCCUUGAAUAUCAAAAGGGAAUCAAAUAGGAUGAUGAGGAAUAUGAAGGUUGAUGAAUGUGAAGGAAAGUGGCUUCCUUACCGAUUUGUCUGAAAUUUAACAAUAUAUGUAUUUCGGCGUGUUGAAUUCGAAUGUAAAAGCUAAAAUCGUUGCUCUCAAGUAGAGCAAAAGUUAUAAAGUACUAAAAGUGACAAUUUUCGGGUUAAGAAAUGUUAUAUCGAUAAGGUGCAUA